CCAUCAGCUCUCCCCUCCCCGGCGCCUCAUCGGGAUCACGGGGUCCCUGUGGCGGAAAUAAAAAAAAUGUUUUUUUUCGGGAGUUAAUGUGUCAGUGUUGGUUUUGGAACCGGCCAGCCCGGGACAUCGCUCCUAACAAAGGCUGCGCACCAGCUCAGGCCGGGGCCCAGAGGAGAGCGGCAGACACACGGCGACAUUUUUGUUUUUUUAAAAAAACGGAUUCUUGGUGUUGGGACCUCCUUCAAUGAUGCAACAACUUAAUUUGUCGAUACUUUGAAAGCGGGAUGGAAGGCGAUGAUAAUAAAUCGUCAAGUCCGGGAGCCAGUCAAGAGUUUCUGGCAACGUCGCAGGUGGCUGGGAGCCCCCCAAGCCAAAGUGGACAACCCACUCCUGAAAACAGAACUGGCUACAGACCUGCGUGGGAUGAAGAAAAGGAACUUGACUGGAAUUCUGCAUCACUGAUGGAAAGAGUGCAAGGCAACUGUGCAGGAAGGUCAGAGAACCAAACCUGGGAUUGGUCUUCGGAGUCGGACACGGAUGCUUUCGAUUUGGACAGCAAUGUGUCUGAGGAGGAGCUAAAUGAAGAAUAUGACUAUCUCAGGUCUCUGCUGCAGAUCGUUGGGAAACCUCCCCCAUUUCGCUAUUAUACUGAAUUUGAAAAUGCAAUGAACAGUCCAAGAACAGGGAGCUCUUUCCCUUUUCUGCAUGCCGGAGUUUGUUCCAAGAAAGAUCGCGAAGAAGGAAGAGAGUCUCCCAGCCGUGGGGAUGAUGGAUUGUCAUUGGACCAAGGUAUAUCUGCAACAGUUAACAGUGCUGAUGAGGGAGAAUCUUCGAGCUUAGGCGGUGUUUCCCAGAACAAAAAGGCAAGGUAUUCGGGUGUCGUUGCCCCAUUCGCCAUGAGGACAUUAUCACAUCCGUCUUUCCAAUCUUUUUACACCGCUGUUUCGUAUCGGCAGAGACAGAGCCCGAUCACAGAAAUUGGCAGCUCCACCUUCAAGAACAAAGAUUCCGUCGAUUCCUGCUCAUCAGCUGACUCUAAGGCAAAAUAUGAAGCCACGGGCUUCCAUUCCCAAGCAAUUGACAUGCCCGCUCUCCACCAAUGUGAGUUUUUCUACACAGACCCAAUGCUGCCUUCCGGUUAUCGAGUUUACAACCAUCUUUCGCUUCCCACACGCCAGAUGCUUCAGGGUUUACAACUGAACUCUCCACCUCCUAUCAUGUCCACAUGUGUGGCUCCAACGAACAUUCAGAGAACGGUGCCGAGUCCCACUCCUCCCCAUCCGAACAGGUGUGAGGGGCAGAACAGGCCCAUAUCUAAAGCAGAGCAUGAUGCCAUCAGCACCUUACUCGAACUUAAGCAUUGUGCUCCGUUGGACUGCGCAGAGGCAGAAACACCAUCAUGCUCACUGAAGAGCGAGGGUAUUCUCCAGCCAGAGGCUAAAGUUAAUGGCAUUCAUUUAUCAGGCAAUUCAGGAACCUCAGGUAUAAAGGACAGUGAUGGAACUGAGCAAAAGCACCUCUCGUUUCUUCAUGACUGUAACAGCUCAUUAAGGUCUCAUCAUGACAUGGAACUUCCUAAAAUGCAUCACGUAUCCUUGCCUGAUUGUAAAUACACCACUCCCCCUCCGAAGUAUCACGAUCAUACUUGGGCAUCCAGAGUAAACGGCACAUCCUCGGGGACUGAGGUUAAAAUGUUUGACCCAGUGAUCUCGAGAGACAUUUUGCCAGUGGUGGCUCAAGAGACUGAAAUUGGCAAGUGUGAUUUCCUUGCCGAGUCCAGCCAUUCUGAAAGGAUCCAGUCGAACUGGGAGGAAAGACAAGCCACGUGUUCUAAGCAACAGUUUAUAUGAUGCUGAACCUGUUUGAUAUUAUUUCCUUGUGGAAAAUGCACAAGUUAAUUCUGUCCUGUUAAACUGUUUCUCCGAGAUCCCACGGUAAUUGAAGAAAUGCUACAUUAAGUCAUAACAUGUAACAACAUCCCAGGGGUUCACAACCUGGGGUCUAUGGACCCCUUCCUUAAUGGUAUUGGUCCAUAGCAUAAAGGUUGGGAACUCCUAAUCGAUGUGAUUGAAAUGUUUGAUCAUUGCUUCUCUAGAGUUGGAAGCCAAUUAGUAAUUCUACUGAAAUGAAUCUUUAGUACCCAAAAAUUCAAUACCCAGUUAUUCUGGUAACCACUGGUGAAUAUACAGAAAUAAUCCUGACAAUAAUUAAAGAUGUUCAGGGCCUUGUUUUGAUGUUCUGAAGGGUUUAGUUAGUCUAUUUUGUGAUCAAAGGAGCAGAGUUUAAUGAAAGAGUUAACUGAGAAAUAUUGUAGGGUCUCACAAUGGCUGAAAAGAGUCUACUUCGAAGGAGGAGUGUGCAAGACUGAAGGACGGUAAAGUUGACACACAGCUAAGUGGCAAACUGAAGGUGAUUGAACCGGAGAGUGAAAGAGGCGUACCGGAGUGUGAUCCACCAAUAAGCGAGUUGCAGUCUCAAUCAUUCAAUUUUUUCUUUAUAUAAGGUCUGAACAUGUUCUGAGUGAUAUCAAAAGUUUUUUUUAUUUAUUCAAUUUUCAAGAUGUGGAUUUUGCUGACAAGACCAUCCCUAAUUGGCAUGAGAGUGGAGGAGAGCUGCCAACUCAAAACACUGCAAUCCUGAAGGUGAUGCUUUUCAAUUCUGUUUGAAGGGAAUUCCAGGAUUUAGAAGCAGUGACAAUUAAGGAACUGCAGUAUAUUCCAAGUCAGGAAUGUAUGGGGGUGGGAGAGCUCUCUGACACUGUAUAUUGGGAAAUUUGGGCAAGGAGCUUUGGGGUAACAGGUGCACAUAUAUUUUUAGUAGUGCCAUUAAGAUUACUGACCAAACACUUGUGGUUUAAGGCCAAGUCAUUUAAAAUUUAAUGCAAAAUUGUUUCCAACUAUUGUCAGUUCCCGAGGAAAUAAAUCUCAUUUGAUAAAUGGCUUGUUUAGCCCACACAAUAAUUAUUAUUUACAAAUAAGUAUCUAGUUUAUGCAUCAACAUAUGUAGAAGUUUGCUUAGGUAUAAAAUUGGCUAAUCCCAAUCUGAGUUGUGCCCAAAUGUUUUCUCCUUCCCCAUAACUUGCCAUUAUUUGUGAAUAUAAGAACUUGUAUUUGUGUCAGACUGGCACUAAAAAUUUGUCAAAACAUUCAUCCAUUCUAAUCAGAGCCAAAUAGGCAGAUUCCUAACAGUAGCAUCCCAGGUUGUAUUUGCCAGUGCACCACACCUCUAAAGUGAACACAGUGGAGGUUAUUUUUGUGAACUGACUUUGAGUAGAGACCCAGAUGCAUCAAAGUUCUGUUUUAUUUUAUGCUGUUACUUUAUUUACAAGGGAUUUGCAAACCCUCUUUGUAGAAUGAAGUUUGUUGUAAGGAUUGUUGUAUGCAGAGAAAAUUGACUCUUUGGAAUGGUGUCCAGAUAAGUGAAGUGAAACAGCAGAAAUGCAGCCUACAGCGGCAUACAAAUGUUAUUGACACUGUAAUUUUUUUUAGUCACAUGAAUGUACGUAGUUUGUUCUUUAAGUUUUGGCCCAUUAAAGGGUAGAAGAAUCCUGCCUCUCUUUCAUUUUUGAGAAAUGUUAGACUAUUGGAUGCUGUAUAUCAACAGAUUCUGA